UUCGCUUCCAAUAGAUUCUUCGCAUAAAUGUUCCUUUGGAUUUACGUUCUCAGAUAGAGGUUUUGGAAGAACUGUGAAGUAUGUUUGAAGAUCAUAUUAAAUCCAAAAUCAUGGCAAAUAGUAUAACAUUUGAACAAUUUCUACAUCAUACAAACGCAGAGGAAAUAAUAGUUAGAAAAAUGAAAGAAGCUGGUCCAAGAAUUUACCAAAUUAAUUAUAAACGAAGGCUUAAACAUUGUAAAGUGCUGUACAAAAAAUUUUAUGAUGUUAAGUUGAGAGAUUCGGUUCUUGACUAUGGAUUAGUUUUGAAACCAAUGCCAAAUAGUUUCAAAUCUAAAUUUUUACAGUUUCCACUAAAAAAUAACAGCGAAGGUGAUAAUAUUAACAGUGAUACAACAGAAAAUAAUUCUGAAAAUAAAAUACCAAUCAAAUCACCUACCCUCGAAGAUAAAUACAAAAAUGACCUGCCUUCCACAAGUUCAGCAUUUUUCAAUAAGCCUCGUUUAGUUUUACCAUGUGAAAAAAACAAAACUCAAGAAAAAACUAAACUAAAACUUGAGACCAACACUCAAAAGAAUUGUUCAAAAAAAGAACACAAUUCUUUAAAAUUAGCUCCAAAAAGACGAAUAUCAUUAGAUAAAAAACCAAAAUCAUCAAAUAAAUCUCCAAAAAUAACAAAUUAUUUUCCUUCAGAUACAGAUGAAGACUUAAAUGGAAAACAAAAUUUAAUAUUAAGGAAAAGCAUACCUAAGACACCAAAUGAGAACAUCGAAAUUGAUCAGCCAAAAACAAAAAUAUUGAAAAUGUCUCCUAUAAAGAAAAUUGGAACACAGGAUGUGCCACAGUUCAUUAAUAGUAGUAUUGGAUCCAAAAGUUCCAAAGACGAAACAAAUCAAAACAAAACGAAAAGAGAUUAUAGAAGUUUUGGGCAUGAAAACAGCCUAAAGAAGAAAUCAAAGACCAAUAAUAGAUUGAGACUAUAUUCAGAUGAUUUUGUUUCGGAUGAUUGUGAUAUAAAUACAAACAAUUCUAUAGUGAAUUUGACAAUUGAGGAUAGUAAAGAACAGCCUUAUUCUAGUAAGCUAAUUGAAAAUAAUUCUUCACCCUCAAAAUCAGCACUUCCAAAACGAAUAAGAACUGAAGACUAUGGAAAAGUAUUAAAUAAUUUAUCAAAGGAGUUAUUAAAGGAAAUAAGCCCCGAAAGACCCAAAAAUGGUUUCUCGAAUAAUGAAAUUGAAUUGUGGAUAAAGGAUGGCCAGAAAGCCUUGGAAGAAAAGGAAGACAACAACAUAAGCUGCCUUAAAGGCGAUCGUACCUUAAUGGAGGAUGUAUUUCUUGAGCGUAAACUACAAACAAUAAAAACGAAGCCAGACAAGGUUAAAAAAUACAUCAAGUACUGGCUGAAUUUUAAAACACAAAUGAAAAAGAGAUUAAAUAUGGAGGCAACUAUUGUGAGUGAAACAUCAAAGGCAAGAAUACUUUUUGAAUUUGGUCAAAUGACAUACGAAGAUUUCAAAAAUGUAAUUAAUAUUCAAAAACAUAUAUCACGUUGGACAUCAUUAGGAAGAUCAAUGACGGAAUUAGAAGAGAAUUUAAAAAAUCAGUAUAUGGCAUUUAUAAAAAAAGAAAAAUCCUGGCCUAAAGUUCAUAUUGAAUUAGCAAGACUUCAAUCACAUCUCCAUUCAAAAGGAAUUAAGGGAACAAUUCCAUUAAAAAGUAUUCCACCGAGAAUUAUAUCUUUUGACGAAGUUCUAGAAAAAACAAAUAUAAAAGAGAGUAUAAGUUUAAAUUCUGACCGACCACCUGAAUCUUAUAAGGAACUGUUGAAUCUAUGUAAAAAGGAAUAUGAAAAAUGUUGUUGCAAAGGAAUAUGGACCGAAGGAUUGAAAUUUGUUGAUAAAAAUGAGGAGGCUGGAAGUAGCCAGGAAAUGUCCAUAGAAUUGUUCACUGAACCUUCUAUGUCAAUGUCAAAUGAUUUACUAUGUUUGCAAAUUUUGGAUGGUAGCGGCUGUAAUAAUAAUGUGACAAGACAAAUUUCAAGCAACAAACAAUGUGAACUGGAACAACUUUCUAAAGGCUCGACAAAAGUGCAUCGAGCUAAGCCGAAGAAGCCUUCUAGAUGUGGCCCGAAAUCUCGAAGGAAGCAGUCAUCCAAAAGUGAUGAAGACGACUUAGAAAUGCAAGUUAGUCAUGUUUUUGGUGGUGAUGAGAAACAUUCGCCAAAGCUUACAAGUCAACUCCUCAAACCAAUGAACACUCAGGAACUAAAUCAAAUAUUGACACACAUUCCAACACAGCUAUCUAAUGAUUAUAAAAAAGAUGUGUCACAUUCUGAGGGAACAAUAAGGGGAGAUAUUGCCAAUUGCGUCGAUUCUGUUGCAAAACAGCCGAUAAUAACACAUAAACAAGCUUCAAAUGUAAAAUUUCAAUCUCUUGAAGUGAAUAAGGUCUUAACUCCUUCACCGAACAUUUUGGAAAGCAGCGAUGAAACGAAUAUAAAAUGUUCUAGCGUUAAAAUGAUUAGUGAAACUAAUGAAGCAUUAAAUACCAUACCGAGUAAAAAUUUGGAAUCUUCUGUGUCUAAUAAUAAUAAAAUUGAAAAUAUGGAUAACCUAAUACCACUAUCGCCCAAUAUUUUCCAUUCAAGCGAAAAAAAUCAAUCGCAAUGUUUAGACUCUAAUUCGACACAAGUUCAAAUUCAUGAGUCUGUUUAUGUGCCUUGUGAAUCAAAUAAUGAUUUCCAUACAGAACAGUAUAAUUACUCCAUUAACAUAAAUGAAGCUACUCAAAGUAAAGAUCCUUUUGGCGAAACUGUUGCAAGUGAAGAUGAAACAGAUAUCAUAAUAUUGGAUGUAAGUUUUUCAUCUGAAAAAAGUGAAAUAAUAAUGAAAAAUAGUACAAAUUCAAGAGAAGCAAAAGUACCGGAACAAGCUCAUAAUGAUGAACUAGAUACUUCUGAGAAAUCAAUAUCGCUAGUUAACGAUUUUGAUUCCGAUGAAUUAGUGGGAAAAACGACGCAAAAUAUUGUAGAUUCAGAAGAAACAAUUGUGCUUAAAAACCUUUUAUUAUCAUGCCAAACUGAUUCAAACCAUUCAAAGGAUACAUUACCUACGGAAAAGUUAUUAUUGUCGGGUGAAAUUGUUUUAGCAGGCAAUCUAGAAACAUCCGAUAGUCAAGUUGCUCAUAAUAAUGAACUAAAUGUUUCAAAACAAUCAUUAUUAGGUGCUGAAAGUUUGGGUUCUAACAAAGUGUCAGAAAAAACGACUACAAAUACUUCGAACAUAGAAACCGCUAUAUUACCUAUAUUACCUAAUAAUAAUAGAACAAAAAAAUCAGCACCAUUAUCGAUGCCAGCUUCCCACAGUGACACAGUACAUUCAUUAAAGAAAACUGUUUUCGAUGAGAAAAUUCAAAUUUCAGUUUCAAAAGCCCAAUCAAUUGACCCAUUAAUAGAUGUCUGUGAUGUUGCACCAAACUUAUCUGAAACUAAUCAAGGUGAAAAUGUACAAUCAAUGCAAUCAGAUCGAAAUACUAGCAGUCAGUCGGUGUAUUUCCACCAAUCGGUUGCAAAUCAAGAAGACUUUAACCAAAAUGGAAACAAAACAAACAAUUCAAAAAGCAAAGUGGAGAACAUAGAAAGUGACUUGAAUUCAACAGUUUCAGGUGAUCCCAGGAGAAACGUCAAAAUUGUUGUCAAGCGAGAAAGCUUCUCUGAGCAAUUCAGCGAAUAUUGUGAUGAUGUUGAAAUCGUUGAAAUGCCCAAAUCAGAAGCAAUGGUUAUUGAUGAUGAGGAAACAGCACCAGAGCUAUUAGAAGCGCUUUUGUGUAAUUCUUCUAAUAAUGAAUCUUUUCCAAUGACAACUGUGCAUACAACCAUAUCUCAUGCAACAUCUUCCAUAUAUUUGGAAAGUUUUGCGCAGGCACAACAAUUUCCGUCGAAUUUUGAUUUAACACAAAGCCAAUCGGAUUUAAAUCAACUCAGCAAUCAGUCAACAAAUGUACCUUCUCGAAAAGUAAGUAAAAAGUAUCCUGGGAUAACAAUACAAAGUUCAGAUUGCAACUCUUCUAAUUGUCAAGUAAUCCAGACACCACAUGACAAGACAACAUAUCUAAUCGGGUCUGUUUUGGCGGACACAGCUCAAAGCAUGAAUUGCAAAAAACAAUAUGAUCAUAAACAAAGUCAUUUUAUCAAUAAGUCCGUUUCUAACAUGUGUAAAGAUGAUAUGCUGUUGUCAGAAACGAGCUUUGUUUCAAUAGCACCACAAAAUAUUCCAUCAGAUAUUGAAUUUUCGCAAAUCAGUUGUAAUAAAUUUCCAAAUCAAAAGCAAAAGGAACACUCCCAAGUGUUAGAAGAAAGUUCUAAGCAUGCGGAAAAAGCUAACAAACAUUCUUUUGUGGGUAAUACUCCAGCAAAUAGUGCACUUCUGGUGGGUCAUACACGCGAAAGUGGGAGUGAAACUAAUAAAAGAUGUGCGAAUUUAGAGCAACAAGAACUUAAUGACCAAAAUAAUAUACCCGACAAAUGUUUAAAACGCAACAUGCCGCAAGGAUUAUCUCCAUCAAAGAUCAAUGUUGAGGAAAAAUCAAAACCUCAACACGAUUACACAGGCAUUAAUGAGCAAGAUGGAGAACAACCCGAUGGUACCUUAGCAGAGGAUUCUUUGAGUAAAUCAAGUGAUGUUGAACUUCUGGAAGAAAGUACAGAUGAAGAAGUUGAAUUACCUCUUGUAGCUGAGAUGACUACCGAGGAUGUUACUAACAAUCAAAACAAUAAGAUGAAUCAAACCGGUGAUCCCUCUAACAAUACUGCGCGAGAACAAGUUGAAGCCUCUCAAAGUAGUGAAUUAAUUAGAUUGAAUGAAUGCGAAGCUUUAAGCCUGGACAUUCUAAAAAAGCCGAAUUUAUCUUCUAAUACAACUGCGAAUACUACCGUUGUCAAUAACAAUAAUUCUGUCAAUAUUGAAUCUGUUCUUGAAAACAUUAAUUUAGAAAUAUCACUUGAAAAUAGCUCAGAAAGUCCAGACAUUCAAUGCAAUCAAAAUCAACUAAAUGUUAAUGUAAGAUCUAUUGAAAAAACAGAUUUUGUAACAAAAAGAAAAAUUUCAAAGCAUAUUGAGUCUAUUAACAAAGUUUUAAGUGACAAAGAGACAACUUUAAAUGAUAUAUCGCCAAGAAGUUCUGUAAUCCAAACAAAUAUUCAAUCAAAUUCACACGAUAUUGAGAAAAAUAUCAACUUAAGCUCGAACCCACGCAUCGACUUAGAUGAGGGUAACACACAAAUAUCUACAAAUAUCAAUAUUAGUGACGAAAAUGUAACCACUUAUGUUCCCGAUUCUAAAUCCCUUGAAACAAAUACAUGCAGCGUAACUCAACGUUCAAAAAAAUUGCAAGAAGCUGUAGAACAGGUACUGAAAAUUAAGAAGAACGUUAAUACCAAUAAGCGCUGCAGAACACUUUCCGAGCAAUUACAACCGGUCAACAUUUUCACAAUGACUUCUAGUUUUUCGCAGCCCUCCGAAGUUUAUCAUUCUGACUUUUCUAAACAAACUUCUAAUGUUGGCGAAGUGUGUUUAAAUUCCCUCAAGUCAAAAUCACAACGAUUAUCGGAAAAACAAACAAACGAAACAAAAGAAAAUAAUACAAAUAAAGCUGAACCUACAAUAAUUUCAAAAUCCAAAACAAUUACUUUGAAGGGAUUCAUUCCCUUUGGCGCCAUUCAAAAUAUACAAGCCACCAAUGAAGAUUACGUUGAAGUACCAAAGAUGAUGGUAGAAAAACAAUUUCUUAGUAUUGUUUCGUCCGUUUGUAAAAACACUGACCUAACUACAAAUAAUUCACUCCAAGAUAGGUUUUCGCUAAAAAUAAAUGUAGAUCUCACAAUACCUGAGCAUAUAGAAAGUUCCGUUGCAAUGCUUCAAGAAGAACUGACAAAAUCAACUAAACCUUUAAUGGCAGCAGAAGAACUGAUUGUUCAAGAUAGUUCUUUACAUGAUAAACACUCAAAUAAACUUCUUAAGGAGAAGGGGGAUAAGACAAAGUUAAAAAUUCCUUCGAUUUUAAAAAAGAAUACAGCACAUAAGAAAUACUCAAAGCCUUCCGAUUUUGUUCAGCAAAAAACACAUGCUUUUUCUUCGAUUCCUUUGAAACCAUGUAAUAAGGCAAUUAUAAGCAAACCCCAUAGCCUUUUGAGCAUUGAGGAAUGUGAUUACCUUAUUGAAGAUGCCUCCCAGCAAACUGCCACAGCAACUGUAUCUCAAAUACUUGGCACUGACUGUACUUACUUCGAAAACUCCGAACUACUAAGAAAUCUGGAUAACGCUUGUAUCACUCAUCAUCUUGAUUUACUUGAACAGCAAAUUGAGCAACCUUCUCCACAGGUUCCAACACCAACACUUACACAAACACCACCGCCAGCCACAAGCAAGGUAAUCAAUUUAGCACCAAUAACUUUGUCUGAAGGAGUUACGGCUCGGAAAGUCUGGCAAGUGAAUCUCCAGUGGAAAAGCCAAUAUGAAAUGGCAAUUGAAGUAAGAUUUAGCGUCAAUAAACGCUCAAUGACCGCAUGUGAUGAAUCAGCCAAGCAGAUAUUCAAUUUUCCACAAGAAAUAUGGUCUGAUAUACAUAGAAUUUUAAGAGAAAUCGACCGCUUUGAAUAUAAGCGCAGAACUUUAAAAAAUAAAAAAAAAUCUACUUCAUUGCAUAAAAUACUGGGACAACUUUUUAGCUCAUCAACUCAGGUAGUUGAUGUUAAGAUUAUUAAUGAUUGUUAUAAUCCUUUUACAAUUUGUGAGAAAACUAUUCCUGUAUAUAGAAAACCUUUUCAAUGUCUAAUGAAAGGAAUUAAUCAAAAUAUAUUAACUAAAAUGAACUUCCUCAAAGAGGAUCUUCGAGAAAAAAAAACCAUGUCGUGAAAUAAACUUAUCCGGGCCGAAUAAACCUUUCAUAAUGCAUUUUUUGAAUGUAUUUGCUGUUUUGGAGACCUGACUUUAAUAAUAUUUUAAUUUCUAAUUUAUAUUGUAAAUUGAAUGUACACAUUAUUUUAAAACUUGUUAACUGUUAUACAAAAAAUAAAUUGUUUUUUAUUUAAAUU